AUGGCCUGGAAGGCAGCUGGAGUCUUUGUUUUCCUACUCCUUAUUGCAAGAUCAUCCUCAACUUCUCUUCCUAUCAGUAUGACAGUGUAUUUGAAUGACACUGUUACACUCCCCUUCUAUGGAUCAUGCAAUGGUCAUGUCAUUGAAUGGAAGCAUCGUCAGAAGAUUGCAUUAGGAGAAAUUAGGCCUACCACAUUGGUCGCUAAACUGGAUCAACAGCCUUCGGUAUUCACACCUGGAGUGGGCUUUGAGAACAGGGUUAAACGCGGGGAUAUAGCCCUCGAUCUCACCAUCACCUCUGUUGUAUUUAAUGACAUGGGAUGGUUUGAGUGUCACUGUGGUAAGACUCAAGAAGAUGUAGAAUUAGUCGUUUUAGUCCCCAUUGUGGUAGGUGAACCUGCUCAUGUUGGAUCUAAUUUUAAACUCAACUGCUACGGCUUAACCGAGAAACAAACUCCUAACAGUGAGGUACUCUUCUAUUGGAAAAGACAUGAAGAGAAUGUUUUGUCUGUCAAGGGACAUCAUUUGACCUAUGGCCUUGGGUUUGAAAACAGGGUAUCUGUUUCCAAAGAUGCUUACCGACAGGGAGACCUUUCCAUCACCCUAUCUGACUUAAGCCCUUCAGAUCAGGGGACCUACCACUGCUUCUUCGGCUCUAAAAAGAGGGGAACACCAGAUGCUGUCACUCUCACUGUUCAAGAAGAGUGCUGGUCAACAACAUCGACAUGGGUGGUUACAAUUGUAGGAGGGGUUGUAGUACUCUUAGCAGGGUUUGCUAUUGGUAAUUGUGUAGACAGAGUGAGAUUUGUGCGUUUUCUGAGAUUUCUGAGAUUUCCCUUUGGUCGUCGCAACAAGUAAGUGGAAUCAUCACACUCAGUGCCUUCUAGAACAUAUGAGGCCUUCUAGAGGAGCCCCAAGAGUCUGAUUAUGUUGGAGUGGCUGUUAGAAAACACCAUCAGCGAGGUGAAUGAGCCCACAUGGAAAUGGAGGAACGCAUGA